AUGACUUAUAGAGACGCAGUUUACGACGUAACAUCUUACCUUUCAGACCACCCAGGAGGCGACAGACUCCUCAUUGCAGCUGGUGGCAGCGAUGCGACUGAGGCAUUCGAUGAUGUGGGUCACUCUGAGGAUGCCGAAGAGACCAUGGAGGGAAUGAAGGUUGGGAGUCUGAGUGGAUGGGUGACUUUGCUGCCAUCUGCUUUACUUUGGCUGUUUCGCAAGACCGAGAGGAAAGCCGUCGAGACAAGAUCGGAGACUGCAUUGGAUCGAAACAAAUACCGGCCCCUGACCCUCAUUGAGAAGGACAAGGUCGGCAAGAAUGCUUGGAGGCUGCGCAUGGCAUUUCCGGAUCAACGCAGUAGAUCGGGCCUUGCUGUAGGUCAGCACAUCAGCUUGAGAGCUUCGAUCGCUGGCAAAACCGUGAUCCGAAGCUAUACGCCGACGUCGAGGCCAACACAUGCUGGUAGUCUGGAUCUCACGAUCAAAGUCUAUGAAGACGGAGUCAUGGGCAAUCACUUGCAGGAUCGCUCUCUCGGCGAACCGAUACAUGUUCGUGGGCCUCACGGUAGAUUCCACUACCGCCGUAAUGCAAGCAAGAAGCUUGUCUGUAUUGCUGGAGGUUCAGGAAUCACGCCCAUGUUCAACGUCAUUCAGGAGAUCUGCCUGGACGAGAGGGAUCAUACAGAGGUUAUAUUGCUGUAUGCGAGUCGAAGUGAAGAUGAUACUAUGAUGAAGCGGGAGCUGGAACGACUGAAGAUGGUAAGACCGAGCAAACUGGAGGUCGAGUAUCUUGUUAGCCGGCCUGCCUAUGGAAGUGGUCUGGAGCCUGCCCGUUUCUCUGGUGAUUACUUGGCUGAGAGGCUGGGUGCCCUUGACGAUGAUACGAAGUAUCUUGUUUGCGGCCCCGAUGCUAUGGUUGAUAUGGUUAGCGAAGGACUGACUGGGUUGAACGCUGAGGCUGAUGUUCAUAUCUUCUGA